UGUCGGAAGUUUUCAGUGCGUCCGGUGACGGUGGUGACGGUGGUGGCUGCUUCCGCGGGCUUAGCUCCUGCUGCUGCUGCUGCUUCUUCUUCUUCAACUGCUGAGACGCGCUGUGUGAGAGUCACUUUGAUGUAAACAUUGCCACGAGGGAGACAAAGGCGGCCAGGCGUGGUGCUGGCCACCCUCCGCUCGUGUGUCCUCUUUCGGCCUUGGUCGGUGCUUGCUGCUUGCCCCCAGCACUUUGCCCCAAGCGGUCCGUGUCAAGCGCGAGGAAAAGUGUGAGUGGAAGAUGGCUCGAUCUGCGGCCGUGCUCUGUCUACUGCUGGUGGUGCUGCUGGUGCUGGUGGCACACGCGGCCAGGAACGAUGACCGGGACGAGCACGAGAGGAGCAACGUGUUCAGGCAGGCGGCGCAGAGCGCCUGGGACGGCGCUGAGAUGGUGCUGGGAAGAGACACCGUGAGGUCCAUCGUCAAGGGGAGCGCCGUGGCUCGAAGGCAGCUCGUCACCGCCGUCGACGCCUGUCUGGACUUUCUGGCCCGGGUUGCCUACGACUUCUUGGAAAUUCUCGGAUAUAAAGACAUGGACAUCUGGGGGCUGCUCGACGUGAAGACGCUGCUCGCUUCGCCGGGCAGCCUGCUGGCGCUGCUCGCCGGGCUCUUCGUCGCCUACCAGCUGUCCUUCUUCCUGAUCGCCGCGGCGUGCGCCGCGGCGUUCUCCCUGCUGGGUCCCCUGCUCGCGAGCAUCGUCCGCGUCCUGCUGCUCGGCCUGCUGGCCGCCUACCUCUCCGUCAAGUACGAGGCGGCGCCCGAGAAGGCCGUCGCCGUCAUGGUGGUGGCCGUGGGCCUCUACCUCUACUCGGGCUCGCCGGGGCGCGACGGCUCCCAGGGCCGGCACGUGGACGCUCGCCUGCGCAGGAUCGACGAGCGCGUGAGCAGCCUCAGCCGCCGCCUCGACGGCAUCGAGCAUCGCGGCGGCGGCGGCUCGGCCGAAUAGGCGGAGCCGCACGCCGAGCGGUCGACCGUAGACCCCCCCCCCACCUCCCCCCAUCCGCCCUACCCGAUCCCACGCCCGCCCCGAGACCGCCCGGCUGAGUGUCAGCGGUGGCAGGCGAUCGUGCGCUCGAUGUCGUCCGUGAGCCACCCCCCCCCCCCGGACAGGUAUCUCACUCGUCCGGUGCCACCUGGCGUGGCGUCACCCUCGGGCGGUUCGCAGUUUUCUUCGCGUGGGCAACAACGGUGAUUUUACGCGGUGACCGAUUGGAACGAGUUGGGCCGGGCGGUGGGGGUGGUAAUCAAAUAAUUAAAACGCUGAUUUGCCGAAUAAAAAUGAAUCGGCACCGCUGAAGUUCUUGCUACCUUCGGGGGCGGUACCAGAUUCUGCCGGGGGCCCAUGGACUCCGUUGUCUCGAAAGCCGUGGGUUUUUUCGUACUCCAGCACUCGUGAUCGACCACCACCACCGGGAGAGAGAGAGCACCUUCCCAUGUUUACCGGUCUUUUCCGUUCAGAAUGCAAUCCAAGUUGUUAUAAACGCCGCAUGCGUCUCACGAGUGCUAAACGAUGGCCCCGCCGUGUCCACAUUCAAAUUAGUUAUCUGCGCCUCAAAAGAUGAAGGCAAUCAUCCCCACACCCCUCGCAACACUCUCCCCCCCGCGUAGCCUUUAACAGACUUGUGGGGAAAGUGCUGUUAGCGAGCACCAAUGAAGGCCGGGCUAGCACCACGCCCGGCCGCUUCUCUGUGUUCCCCCAGUGACGAUGUUAACACACCGCGCCAGGUAACGAUUUAUGACCGAGUCGACCGAGGCGAGGCCCAGGACUGGUUCAAAAAUUCCCUGUCACUUGUUAUUGGCCGCGAGCGAGAAUCGAUCUUGGGGUCUCGGGAUUCGUCGAGCAGCGUGCUGACCACUGCGCCACCGCUCACCAAUGGUGCGUGACUCGCGCACAGGAUCUCAAACUUUAUUUGAAUCGGGGCACAUUUCACAAUCAUCAGGCUUGUGCAGCGUGUUACUACAACCUUACCUGCAGCUGACCGGAGGUGCCUCGGUGAGUGGAGAGAAAUUGAGUUUGAGGAACCCUAUUUUCUCAAACUCUGGUUUCUUAAACUUCAUUGAUUUGAGUUAACUUUCCACAUGCGUGCUGUGUGGUUUGGGUUAUUCAUGAUUGGGAGAUGGUGCGGCGGAUCAACAGUUGUUUUAAACCAGCAAAGGCAGUCUUGAGUGACGUUCUCGUCGGUGCUAACAUCUCGGUGAACUUUCAUCUGGGUUAUGAGUCAAGAUAGCAGAAGAAAUAAAAAGGAAAGAAAUUCACUCAGGUUUUUCCAACUCAUUGUUAGAUUUGUAGCGAUUAAACGGACGUGAUAUUUAGAAAUCAAGAGCAGAUUUCUUGCAUGAUUCAUGUUACGAAGAGGGUGACCGUCUGCCAAAGCAAAUAACGCAAAUAUUUGGAAUGUGAGUUGGCUGUAGUUAUUUUAAAAAUACAAAUUUUUGAGAGAUCGAUGUUGCUAAAUCACUACUGUCCAUAAAGUAACCACCCUAGUGUUGUGAAAUAUUGGGCUAAAUAAUUAUUUUUUUUAAGAUAAUAAAAAUAAUGAUUUUUAGAAUAACACAUUAACAUUGUUACUCCAUGCCGCUUAGAUCAUGAGGCUAAAGAGUAGUGCUUUAUAACUACCCUGUAAAUAAAGGUGUGACAAUGGUGGCAGCAAUGCAUUUUCCCCAAUAUAAUUUUCACGAUUGAGUAUUUCAUUAAUUACGUACUUUCUGCAGGAGGUGUUUUAUUUUUAAACGGAAGAUCAUGCCAAGAACACUUAAUGAAUUUCUGAUCGUAAUCUGAACAAACAACAGUCGCUGGAGCAUAUCUUUACACUUCACAAGCUGCUGUACGGAACUAUGGUAAAGAGACCUGAGACCGAUAUCACUAGAAACUCCUUAACGAAUCCGCUUUCUCCCCCCCCCCCGACACGAAGUCGCAUCGCCGCAUAGUUUGCAGUAAGUAUAAUGAAUGCCUUUUUUUUAACGCUGGCCGCUCGAGUCACACCGAAUGUUUUGACUUUAACCGACCUGCUGCUGAUCUGAACGCUCGUACAGGUUAUAGUCUUUUUUGUUUUGUUUGCGGUUGCACCGCUGCACGGCUCUCUCUCUCCCCGUGUGUUUCCAGGUGGUGGCUCACGUGUCGUUGGGCCACGGUGUCACACAGUCGCCAGCGGCAUGAGGUGGUGCGCGAAACGUCAGGGCGUCGUGCCCGUAGAACGUGCGCUGCAGACGGACAAACACAUUUGGGGCGGUGGUUACUUUCAUUAUUUAACCUCGGCAAAAGAUAAAAAAAAAAGUCUUCUUUGGAUUGUAAUGCACGGUGGAACUGUAGGGCUUUUAUAGGUUUCAUUAUGGUGCGUGGUGUGUGUGUGUGUGUGUGAUGAUCCCAUUUGUUUAGGGUUAACGUGUCCUUUGCUUAUAGUCUACUUCUGCCCUGAAGUGGUACGCGGUCCUACUGCCCUGUA